AUUCUUCAGAUAACAAGAAAACAAGAAGGCAUCUAUAUAUUUUUAAAAACUCACUCACCAUAUCUCUUCCCUACGUUCUCUAAGCAAUCUCCGAUGGCUUCACUUCAACUCUCUUCUCAUUUUCUGGGCAAAAACACUACAAAACACAACUCCGUUUCCAUCUCCCAUAGCUACUCCCAAACCCCAUUCACCAGAUUAUUCUCCCGCAAGAUAAAAUUUCAGAAGUUUAUGUCGUGUUCCAUGUCCAUGAAUGGAUGCCAUGGCGAUUUCAAGACGCCACUUGGUACAAUUGAGACGAGGACCAUGGCGGCUGUUUUAUCUCCAACUGCCGCCACUGAGAGACUAAUCUCCGCCGUCUCCGAGUUGAAAUCUCAACCUCCGCCGUUUUCCUCCGGCGUCGUCCGGUUACAGGUGCCAAUUGAGCAGCAAAUCGGAGCAAUCGACUGGCUUCAAGCCCAGAACGAGACUCACCCUCGCUGCUUCUUCUCUCGCCGCAGCGACGUCGGUCGUCCCGAUCUCCUCCUCGACUUGGCGAGCCAGAACGAGAACGGUAACGGUAACGGAGGCUCAUCAGAUCGCGAUCUGGUCAGCGUCGCCGGCAUCGGUUCCGCAGUGUUCUUCCGUGACCUAGAUCCCUUCUCUCACGAUGACUGGAGGUCCAUCCGAAGGUUUCUGUCGUCUAAGUCGCCUCUGAUCCGUGCCUAUGGAGGCAUGAGGUUUGAUCCCAACGGAAAAAUCUCUGUGGAAUGGGAACCCUUUGGUGCUUUUUACUUUGCAGUGCCUCAGGUUGAGUUUAAUGAGUUUGGGGGAAGCUCAAUGUUGGCUGCAACUCUUGCUUGGGACGAUGAACUCUCCUGGACGCUUGAGAAUGCUAUUGAAUCACUUCAGGAGACUAUGCUUCAGGUUGUUUCUUCUGUUGUGAUGAGGCUACGAAGGGAGUCUUUAGGAGUAUCUGUUCUUAGCAAGAAUCAUGUUCCCACCAAAGGAGCGUAUUACCCUGCUGUUGAGAAGGCUUUGGAGAUUAUUAAGCACAAGAGUUCAUCUCUUAGCAAGGUUGUGCUUGCUCGCAACAGCAGGGUUAUAACAGAUGUUGACAUUGAUCCCAUUGCUUGGCUUGCACAGUUACAGAGUGAAGGGCAGGAUGCUUAUCAGUUUUGUCUGCAACCACCUGGUGCACCUGCUUUUAUUGGGAACACGCCUGAGAGACUUUUCCAAAGGAAUCAGUUAGGUGUGUGCAGUGAAGCUCUGGCUGCAACUAGGCCUAGAUCUGCUUCGACGACACGUGAUAUGGAGAUAGAGCGUGACUUACUAACCAGCCCCAAAGACGACCUUGAGUUCUCUAUUGUACGAGAGAAUAUAAGAGAAAAGCUAAACUCUAUAUGUGACCAGGUAGUUGUUAAGCCUCAGAAAACUGUGAGGAAGCUUGCAAGAGUGCAGCAUCUAUAUUCUCAAUUGGCGGGGAAGCUUAGGAGGGAAGAUGACGAGUUUGACAUCUUGGCUGCUCUGCAUCCAACCCCAGCUGUUUGUGGGCUUCCAGCUGAAGAAGCCAGGCUUUUGAUUAAGGAAAUAGAAUCAUUCGAUAGAGGAAUGUACGCCGGACCUAUUGGUUUCUUUGGUGGUGGAGAGAGUGAGUUUGCAGUUGGGAUCAGAUCAGCUCUAGUCGAAAAGGGUCUUGGGGCAUUGAUAUACGCGGGGACAGGGAUAGUAGCAGGAAGCAACCCAACCUCAGAGUGGAAUGAACUUGACCUAAAGAUAUCUCAGUUCACCAAGUCAAUUGAGUAUAAGGCAGCAGCAACAACUACAACUCUGCAGACAAUUAAUUGAAGAAAAGAGUAACAACAUUUGUUUUUUUUUUCUUCUUUUAAUUGUAUGGGAAUGGGGUCAGGUUACAAUAUAAAAAUCAGUGUGUUUGUUUGUUUACGUUGUAAUUUAAAAAAAAAUAAAUAAUAAUUACUGAAAUUUAUAGGCU